AUGCCCUCGAAUCACCACAACCCCGAGUCUACACCCUUGCUGCACAGCAUCAUCCCUCAACACAUCCAUCCCGACGGCGAGAGCGGUCGUUCUGGAUUUCAUGCAUCCCACUUCUUGCACGUCUCAUGGCGGUCUGGCAGCAAUGCAGCGAAAUAUGUUAAUAUCCUCUGGCCUUUCGUCAUCGUUGCCAUUGUCCUACAUUUUGUGACACCUGGGCUCCCUAUCGCAAUCUUCGCAACCAGCUACAUUGCCAUGAUACCGGUGGCUAACUUGCUGGGGUUCGCUGGCCAGGAAUUCGCAAGAAAGAUGCCAAAGGUAUCUGGGAUCUUGAUUGAAACGGCAUUUGGAUCCAUUGUCGAGAUCAUUCUUUUCAUUAUCCUCAUCACGAAGCAUCACUCUGGAGAUGGGUCCUCUGAACAUGGCAAUCUCAUCCCUGUGAUUCAGGCCGCCAUUUUGGGGUCGAUUCUGACCAACCUUUUACUAUGCUUGGGGCUUUGCUUCUUUGUCGGUGGCCUUCGUCAAGCUAGCCAGAAGUUCCACGCAUCUGUUAGCGAAGUUGGAAGCGGUUUGCUUCUCGUCGCUGGGUUCGGACUGUUGAUCCCGAGUGCAUACUAUUCCGCACUCAAAGGACAGGCUGUUCGAGCGGCCUCGAAGCAUCAUGAGUUCACAGAUGAAAUUCUGAACCACAACGUUCUCAGGAUCAGUCAGAUCACGUCUAUUCUGCUGAUGAUCUCUUUCUGCAUCUUUAUCUUUUACAACGCCCGCUCAAACCACUCGAUCUUCGACUCCGUCCUUGAAGCCGACGAACACGCCGAUCUGGACCACCACGAGGAUGUAUCAAAGCCCAAGUUUACAUUCACCGAGUGUAUAGUUGCCCUUGUAUUUUCUCUCGCUAUCGUCACUCUCCUCGCUGUUUUCCUCGUUGAGCGCAUCGAAGAUGUUGUUGAAGCUGGUAUCCCAGAUCAAUUCCUUGGUCUCAUCAUGCUGCCGUUUGUCGAAAAGGCUGCCGAGCAUCUGACGGCCAUUGACGAGGCGUGGGACGGCCAGAUCAACUUUGCCUUAUUUCACUGCAUUGGCCCGUCCAUCCAGACAGCACUCUUCAAUGCACCGUUGGUUGUCGUUGUGGGAUGGAUCAUGGGCAAGGAUAUGGAUCUUAACUUCGAGAUCUUUAUGAUUGUGCUCUUAGUGCUUUCGAUCGUAGUUGUUGGCAAUUUUCUGAGGGAUGGCGAAUCCAACUAUCUCGAGGGCGCUCUGCUGGUCAUCGUGUACGUGAUUGUUGCAGUCGCUGCUUGGUAUUACCCCAAUCCUGACGUUGCAACUUCGAAUGGGUCUGAGUAA